AUGAGCAUGCUUUUAAGAAUAAGAAACCUAGGUCAAGCUGCAAGGAAAGAAGAGGAAGAAGAUGUAGAGGAAGUUGUGAUUGGUCAACGAAGUCUCCCAACUGAUUUUGAUCCAGCAACAUUUGAUCCUAACGACCAUCGUGGCCCUCCAUCGGAGAGAGUUUUCAGGCUUGUUGAUGAAGUGGCAUCUCUAACGCUAACUGAAGCUGCAGAAUUGGGUCUCCUUCUGAUGAAGAAAAUGGGUAUAAAGGAGAUGCCUAAUGUGGGAUUUAUGAAACCAGGAUCUGUAAAUUUGGCUGCAAUGGCAACAAAAGGACCAACAACAGCCAAAGAGGAGCAGAAGCCAGAAAAAACGGUAUUUGAAUUGAAACUGUUGUCGUAUGAAGCAGCUUCCAAAAUUAAAGUCAUCAAAGAGGUUCGCGGUUUUACUGAUUUAGGUUUGAAGGAGGCGAAGGAUUUAGUCGAAAAAACACCUUCUAUUAUUAAGAAAGGUGUUUCAAAGGAAGAAGGAGAGCAGAUAAUAGAGAAAUUGAAAGCUCUUGGUGCUAAUGUGGUUAUGGAAUGA